GUUGUUUGCGGUUCUGUAUGUGAUUGACAGCCAUUCUCGCCAAUGGCGGCUUAGACCUGGGCAAGGCAGGAAAGGGUGGGAGCAGCGGUUGCCUAGCGGUAGCAGUACGCGCAGGUCGGGCAUAGCAGCAUGGCGGAAGACGAGAGCGAUCAAGAAUCGGAGAGACUGGUAGAAGAGCUGGUAGCGAUCGCGGAUGAAGACGUGGGGAAUGGCGACUUGUGCCGUGUGAACAGCAGGGAAUACUGCCGGCGCUUUUGCGAGGUUGUUGAAGAUUAUACUUCAAGAUGCCAGGUUCCUUUACCCCAACUCCAAGUCCUCCAAACAGCUCUGUGUUGCUUCACAUCUGCCACCAUAUCCUUCCCAGCCGAAUGUGAGCACGUACAGUAUGUUUUGAGUAGACUAGCUUUGAGUCUGUUUGAAUUGUUACUCUUCUUUGGAAAAGAUGAGUUUUACGAGGCUCCUCUGAAAGACAUUCUUGGCUCGGUGCAGGAGUGCCACGACCACCUGAUCCGAUAUGAUAAUACAGAUUUAAAGCUGGUCACUUACGUCAUUAAGGAUGGCGGGCCUUGGGAGAAUCCAGUAUUACAAGCUAUACUCAAGGGAAGAUCGGAACCACAGGAUAUAGUCGACAGGUAUUUGAGGUCUGAGAGUGAGUUCUUCUUUGAGUUGCGAGUGAGGUACCUCAUUGCCUGUGAGCGUAUCCCAGAAGCAGUGGCUCUCAUCACAACUUGCCUAAGUAACAGCGAUGUCAGUAAAAACCUGUACUACCAUCAAGCGUACUUCAUAUGCCUACAUAUGACCCGAUUAACUGACCAGCUUCUGCACGAGCAUGUUCUAAGGAUAAAUGCAAGAGAUGGGGUAGAAAUUAUCUGCAGCACUGAGCUGGAAGGUAAAACGGUACUGGCGUUGCAGCUGAGCGAAGCUUUCCUCCUCACACAGCUACAGACUGGGGAGAUGGACUGCAUUUGGGAUUUAAUAUUUAUUUGGAGCAAGCUUCAGCUGAAAAUGAACUCCUCGAAGCAAGCCUUUGUUGAGCAGUGCUAUCAGAUGUUAAGGAUAGCCACCAACAUUAAAGUCAUCUUCCCUUUCAUAAAAACAAUUUUAAAUGAAGUUGGAGAAGUCGCUGGGCAGUUGGCUGUAGAGCUUUGUGGAUGUGCAUUACAAUUAGACCUUCAUGAUAACCCAGAAACCAAAUCAUUAAUUUAUAAAACAAUUGCUUACCUUUUGCCCACUGACUUGGAGAUUUGCAGGGUCUGCGCUUUAUCCGUUUUCUUCUUGGAGAGGACCGCCGAAUCCUAUGCUGCAGUCGAACGCUUGUACAAAUGUUCCGACGAGGAUUACAAUGAAUUUUUGAGCUGUGUUGAAAACCGGGUGCGUUUUGAAUUGCUUCCCAUUCUGAAAAGGGGGUUAAUGUUUGAUCCAGAGUUUUGGAAUUUCUCUAUGAUCGAGGAAAAAUGUACUUCUCUCCUUGGGGAAGAUGAGCCUCCAGCAUCAUGUAAUGCAAGUACACUGGAUACUGAAAAUUCAGAUACCUCUAAUAUGGACUUGAAAAAUGGGGUCAUUGACAAUGGAGAGUCCAGGAGCACCAGAUCAAAAAUCUCUCUUGUUAAAAAGAGUAUUCCUCCUAUGCUUGGCUCUUACAAGAUAGAUCAUAAUGUUCCCGUUCAUCAGUGUACCCUGUGCAACAAGGUGAUCCUUGGUGGCCAUAUUUUCAGACAUGCUCAGGCUCAUCAAAAAAAAGGCUGCUUUUCGUGUGUUUUAUGCUCCAGGAAGUUCAGAAAUCGCGUUAAAAUCCUUAAACAUUUAAAGAACCACAUAAAGAAAAUGCAGGUACAGCCAAUGGCUGCACUUGACGCUGCUUCUGUUGGAUUAACAGACUCUGCCUCAAGUGGAGAUAAAGAAACAUCGUGCUUGGAAAAUGGAAAUUCUAGUAGUUCCACCACUGAUGUUUUAACUGUUGCCCCAGCCGUAAAUAUGACUUAUCCAGAAUCCAUUCAUCCCAUAAUUCCUGUUGAAAAUCACUCAGCUGAUCAUAUUAAUCAGCCUGACGUAAAUGAUUCAGAGGACGCAGUUGAUGUCACGUCCAGUGCUAACGAUGCCUCUGACUGCAUUAAAAUAAAUGGGUCUGUUUGCCCUCUUGCAGCAAAGCAGGCUGUAAAGGAGCAAGGUGUUUAUAAAUGCCCGGCUCAAGGGUGUAUACGUCUUUUUACAAAGAUGAGGUCUCUUAACAAGCAUGCCAGGAUAGCCCACCCAGCGGAUGCGAGAGUGCAGCAACACUUAAUGAAACACAACAAGGGAAAAUGCAGAUUCUGUCAGAGAAGGUUUGCCGAUUCCAAACACUUUUUUGAUCACAUGAAGAGGCACAUUUAUCCCGAGGUCUAUUUCUGCCAGCAUUUAGAUUGCAGUAAAAGGUUCAAGCUAGUGACCCAUCUGGCAGAGCACCUGCUAAGCCAUGAAUCAUUCCAAGCUCAGUGUAGCUUUGUUAACUGUUUUGAGAUUUUUGAUAAACUCUCCUCACUUUAUGAGCAUGAAGCUGUGCACUAUAGUCAGAAUCCCUGUGAAGCUGCCACUCCAUAUCCUGAUGUGGAGAUCAUGGCCGGUGUUGCUGCUUCCAGUGCUUCUGUAGGCAAUGCUCAUUUAGAUCAGGUUCCUUCAGAUGGUUGUACAAAGGACCAUAUUCUUGCAGAGAAUUCUUCCUUGGGGGAAUUGCACGACUUGAUGGACAAUUACAAGCACUUCUCUAGGCUUUCUAAAGGAAAGAAACCUGAGGACAACACGGAGGUAGCAGACUUACCAGUACCUGUUUGGAAAGCAAGAAAGGACACAGUUGAACCAAAGACCUAUACACAGACAGAGAAAAAAGUAAAUGGGGACAUCCAGAACGUUAAUAGAAAUUCACAAGAAAGUUCAAAUCUGCAAGAGAUUGAGCAGCCACAGCCUCCUGAGCAAGGAAACUUGGCACAAAGUGACAUUGCCGAUGGAAGUAGUCUGAAUAAAUGUAACGUGCAGGAGCAGACUGUAGUGCAAACACCUUGCUUGUUGGAUACCGCACCACCUAAUACGGAGACUGUUGCAAAAGAGGGUUUGGUUAUGGAUGACAUGCAGGACGUCUUUGAAGAAAAAGGUGCUGCUGGGUUUGCUUGCUCCAAAAGGCCUCCAGGCUCUCCUCUUACAACAUAUGGUAGGGCUCCUAAGGCGCCAUUUAUCAGACCUCAGCCUCCAAGUUACCUAGAUGAACAGUAUAUCAGUAUGCCUAAGCGGAGAAAAAAUGCUGAGGAACUGACGCAUGAAAACGACAAAGUUUCUAAAAAAUCAUCAGAAAGAUUCAGAUGUGGGAAGUGCCUAACUAAUUACUCUAGCUCAGAAGCACUUAAUGAGCACACAGCACAAAACAAAUGUCAGCUUUAUUUUGGGUUUGACUCCGAUGAUGAAAGUGCCUGGUAAUUGCACGAAGAAGGAGGCAACAGUAAAGUUCAUUUUUGUUCAGAUUGGCCUUAAGGAGUUGUCAUCUUUCACCAGUCCACAAAUAUCCGUGGAGUUCUAGAUGUGUUUUACAAGUCCAGAAAAUUACUUGGUUUUACUGGGAACAAAAAGGUGUGCCAUGUAACUUCCAGUGUAUCCUGCAUUCAUGACUGAAUCAAAUAAAAAUAUUUUAUAUUUACCAA